AUGGCGAGCGCCGCAGUCGCAACUCAACCAUCACAACAACACCUCGGGGCCGGCCCAACUUCUCGUACCUCGUCGCCUAUGGACAAUAAGAGAGGCAACAAUGUGAAGCAAGCAUCAUCAACCAAAACUUCACCGGUUCAGACCAAAUCAUCGCUACCAGAAGAACCACAAACCUCGCUGGCCGAAGAGUCAAAGCCCGUCACUCAAGUAACAGAACCCCUUGCACCGCCACCGCGACCUGCGCCUACCAAUCCUGCAGAGACUCCUGACUAUUUCUCCGCCCUACACAACGCUGCUGGCAUUGGGCAGGAAUUCAAUCCGUUUGAACAAUCUUUCGGAGCGCCUUCGACAGAGACGCCCGGCAAAACUUUGCUGCCUCCUGUUGCCGCUCUCACAUCUCCUGCCAUUCCUGGCACGAGCUCAACAGGUGGCUACAACUGGCAAAGCUCCCUUCGUUCGGGGCCUUUGAGCCCUGCUAUGUUGGCUGGUCCACAACAAGGUGAUUACUUUGAUAGUAUCGGCCGUGGUUUUCCAACACCCAACGAAUCUUCACUUCGGACUGGUUUGACUCCUGGUGGUGGCGGGUCUAUGUUCCCUGCCCCCAGUCCAAAUUCACAAGCUCUCUUCAACUCAUUACAGAGUGGCGGCGCAACGCCUGGCACUCUUGACUUCCACCGCACUGCUAUGAACGCGGCUGCACGCAACAAAAACACUCAGUUCACCACCACAUCUAACCCACAAGAAGUUCUUCCUAAAACUAACAUGGACAACCAACACGAUGCAACAGAUGCUGCCAAUGGACUGUUCAUGCUAGCCAAGGGAGGUCAAGCUAACAAUCAAUUUGCUGUUCCCAAUCCCGCACAGACUUCGAUGCCAGCAAGGAACGGCCAAGACCAGAAAGCAACGUCGUCUAAUGGUGACAGCUCCGAAAGUCCUGAAGACACGAAGCCCACCACUCGUGGAGGCCGCGGCAAGAAGACAAAAGCAGAGUCUACCAACAACCGACGGAAGUCUGAAGCUGGCGCCAAAGGAAGCAACAAGCGAGCCAAGGGAAAUUCUGGAUCUGCCAACGUCGAUCCAGCCCUUGAUCCUCACGAUGAAGAUGAUGAUAGUGAAGACGGAGAAGACGAUGCUGCCCCGACCCACCACCCCAACGGCAAGAAGAUGACUGAUGAAGAGAAACGAAGAAACUUUCUUGAACGCAAUCGUAUUGCUGCUUUGAAGUGCCGGCAGAGAAAGAAACAGUGGCUUGCCAACCUGCAGGCCAAAGUCGAAAUGUACUCUGCCGAGAACGACAGUCUCAAUACUCAAGUUGCUCAGCUUCACGAAGAAAUUCGUAGUCUACGAGGCCUUUUGAUGGGCCACAAAGAUUGUCCUGUCGGUCAUGCACAAGGUAUUGGUCAAUUCCUGAGUGGUAUGCAAGAUCCCAACGGAUUUGCCAAUCAGCAUGUCAAUCCUUAUGGCAUGGCCAUGCCCAACGGCCCACCGAUGCAGGCGGGCAUGCAGCGGUCGUAG